AUGAAGACUGGGGACACCCUAAAGAUCAAGGGCAAAAUAACUGUCGGUACUGCUGGCUUCAGCAUCAAUCUUGGCUACAGCUUAGCAGAUCUGGCACUUCACUUCAAUCCACGCUUCAAUGAGUCUGUCAUUGUCUGCAACUCCAAGGUCUCCAAUGUCUGGCAGACAGAGCAUCGUGAUAACCACCUCUGUUUCUCCAGGGGCUGCACUGUCAAGUUCAUCAUUGAAAUGCUGGCAGACAAAUUCCAUGUGCAACUACCAAAUGGGCAUGAAGUGAUUUUCCCAAACCGGCAUCACUACUGCAAGAUCACCUACUUGAACAUCGCAGGAGGCUUCAAGAUCAGCUCCUUCAAGCUGAACUAA